AUGCGUUUGCAUCACCAGCGGUAUGGAGGAUGUGGGGCUGUGGCAGCUAGAAGGCUUAGAUACCUGCUGCUGCAGCAGCAGCAGCAGCAGCAGCAGCAGCAGCAGCGGGAGCGGGAGCAGCGGGAGCAGGAGCGGCAGCAGCAGCAGCAGCAACUGCAGCAGCAGCAGCAGCAUGAACAACAACAGCAGCAGCAGCAACAGCAGCAACAGCAGCAACAGCAGCAGCAGCAGCAGCAGCAGCAGCAGCAGGAGUGUGUAUGGAUACAGAAGAGCAGAAUGGCUGAGGGAGCAGCAGCAGCGGGAGCAGCGGGAGCGGGAGCAGCGGGAGCAGGAGCGGCAGCAGCAGCAGUGAUUACAGCAGCGGGAGCAGCGGCAUUUGCAGCAGCAGCAGCAGCAUGA